GAGAGAGAGAGAGAGAGAGAGAGAGAGAGAGAGAGAGAUGGAGUUGGAGUUUAAGGAGUUAAAAGAAGCAAUAGAAGAAGUAGAGCUCGUUGAUGCUCAUGGACACAACCUUGUCGCUCUUGACUCUUCUUUUCCGUUCGUCGGAACUUUCUCCGAGGCUAACGGCGACGCGUUGACCUUCGCUCCUCAUUCUCUCUCCUUCAAGAGGAACUUGAGGGAGAUUGCUCAGCUUUAUGGCACUCAAGUAUCUUUAGAAGCGAUUGAGGAACAUCGUAAGACCUCUGGUUUGGAUUCUUUUACUACCAAGUGUUUUCAAGAAGCUCGGAUCUCUGCUCUGCUCAUUGAUGACGGAUUGAAGCUAGACAAGAAACAUGACAUUGAAUGGCAUAGAAACUUUGUUCCGUUUGUUGGUCGAGUCUUGCGUAUCGAAACUCUUGCCGAGCAAAUCCUCGACGAGGAGUGUCCUGAUGCAUCUUCUUGGAGUUUGGAUUCUUUCACCAGAGCCUUUGUUGAAAGAUUAAAUUCGCUUGUUCCAGAGAUUGUUGCUUUAAAAACUAUUGCUGCUUAUCGUAGCGGUUUGGAUAUUGAUACUCAUGUGAGUAAAGAAGUUGCUGAGAAAGGCCUCGCUGAAGUCUUGCAAGCUGGAAGCCCUGUCCGCAUAGGAAACAAAGGCUUGAUUGAUUACAUUGUUACUUGUUGUUUGGAGUUAGCUGAACGUUGCGACUUGCCCUUGCAGAUUCACACAGGUUUUGGUGACAGGGAUUUGGAUUUGAGGUUGUCAAAUCCACUUCACCUUAGAUCCCUUCUUGAAGACAAAAGAUUUGCAAAGUGUCGUAUAGUUCUUCUUCAUGCAGCUUAUCCAUUCUCAAAGGAAGCAUCCUUUCUGUCUUCAGUUUAUACUCAGGUUUAUCUUGAUUUCGGGUUGGCUGUUCCAAAGCUAAGUGUUCAUGGUAUGGUGUCUUCAGUUAAAGAGCUCCUUGACUUAGCUCCAACAAAGAAGGUUAUGUUCAGCACUGAUGGGUAUGCAUCUCCUGAGACCUACUAUUUAGGUGCAAAGAAAGCACGAGAGAUCAUCUUCUUAGUUUUGCGUGAUGCAUGUGCCAGCGGUGAUCUCUUACUCAUGGAAGCUAUUGAUGCAGCUAAAGACAUUUUCUCAAGAAACUCGAUUGAAUUUUAUAAGCUUAAUUUAAACACGAAUUCUUCUACUCCACGAAGUAUAAUAUCUCCCACAGUAGAGAUGAAGGAGCCUGAUGUUCAAGAAGAUAGUAGUUCUUUUGUACGCAUUAUUUGGGUUGAUACAUCUGGACAACAAAGAUGCCGAGCUGUUCACGCGCAUCGUUUUAACAAAAGCGUGAAGAAGAACGGCGUUGGUCUGACUGUUGUAACAAUGGGGAUGACUUCAUUUGCUGAUGGACCAGCAGAAGAGUCUAAUUUGACUGGUGUGGGUGAGAUUAGACUGAUUCCUGAUCUAUCAACCAAACAGACAAUACCUUGGACAAAGCAAGAGAGCAUGGUUUUAGCUGACAUGUACUUAAAGCCUGGUGAAGCAUGGGAAUACUGUCCAAGAGAGACCUUAAGAAGGGUCACAAAAGUUCUCAAAGAUGAAUUUGACUUGGUAAUGAACGCGGGUUUUGAGAAUGAGUUUUACAUCCUCAAGAAUGUUGUGCGGGAAGGGAAAGAGGAGUAUGUGCCUUUUGACUUUGGUCCUUACUGUUCCGCAUCCUCAUUUGAUGCUGCAUCUCAGAUUUUCCACGAUAUUGUACCUGCGCUCGAGUCCUUGAACAUCACAGUUGAACAGUUUCAUGCUGAAUCUGGGAAAGGUCAGUUUGAACUAUCUCUCGGUCACACCGUUUCAUCUCAUGCUGCCGACAAUUUGGUUUAUACGCGUGAAGUUAUAAGAUCGGUUUCAAGGAAACAUGGAUUGCUCGCGACCUUUGUUCCAAAGUAUGACUUAUGUGACAUUGGUUCUGGAUCACAUGUACAUCUAAGUCUUUGGAAAAACGGCGAAAAUGUCUUCCCGGCAUCUGAUAAGUCAUCUUCUCUCGGAAUCUCGUCCAUUGGAGAAGAGUUCAUGGCCGGAGUUCUGUUUCACCUUCCUUCAAUCGUAGCAAUUAUAGCUCCACUCCCAAACAGCUAUGAUCGGCUCCAACCUAAUACAUGGAGUGGAGCAUUCCACUGCUGGGGCAAGGAAAACCGCGAAGCGGCUAUAAGAACAGCUUCUCCACCAGGAUGUCCUGAUGGAAUAUUUACCAACUUUGAGAUCAAGUCUUUUGAUGGCUCUGCAAAUCCUCACCUUGGUUUGGCCGCUAUAAUGGCUGCCGGUAUUGAUGGCCUCCGAAGACAUCUCAAACUACCUAGUCCAAUAGAUGUAAAUCCGGCCGAUGUGGCUGCUACAUUGAGUAGACUUCCAGAAUCACUCUCGGAAGCUGUUGAAGCUCUGGACAAAGAUGAAGUUCUCCACGAACUUCUCGGACAAAAGCUUGUAGUUGCCAUAAAAGCAGUCCGUAAGUCUGAGGUUGAGUAUUAUUCGAAGAAUCCAGAUGCAUAUAAGCAACUCAUUCACCGAUACUAAUCCUUUGAGCCUGAGGGUGAUGAUUACUUUGUGUGUCACAUGAAGAGAAGUUAGAGAACUGUGUACUGUAUUAAAGUUUCUAAAACUAUAAUAAGAAUGAUGGGUCGUGUUUGCAAAUACCUGAAUGUUGGCUACGUACACUAUAAUAACUUUUUUUACCUUGAACGGGGUAUAUGCAAACCGCAAACGUGACAUAAAGAAAGAUACGGAUCAGAAAAUAAUUAAAUUAAAUUUCAUA